AUGUUCAAAAUGAAGACUAUUUCCUCGGCUACUGGGAAGUCUCAAGACAAUGCUCAUUCUAAAUGUAUAGCAUCUACAGGGAAUAUACACCCUUGUGAGGUUAUUUAUGAAACCGAGACAAUGACAAGUGAUAAAGGCAAUGAUUCACCGGUAAACUCUGUAAAUAUCUCUCAAAAUAUUUCAGAAAGACGAAUAGGUGAAACAGAGCAACAAAGCCAACAUCAACUAUCGAAUUUCACACUUGGAAAUAAACAUCUUGCAUUAAAUAAAGUUAACAUCAAAGACAAAAGGAACUCGAAUAUACUGAAGGAUGGCAAAAAUGAAAACGAAGAGAAAAAUGUAGGUUAUCAUGAUGACCAAGCAGAUAUAGCGAAAAACUCAAGGAAAAAAUGGAAAUACUCUGUGACAUAUAAUGAUAAUACUAGAGAAGUUAUUAACAAAACCGUGGAUAAUUCAUUGAAUGGAAAUAACUACAGCGGCUCUUCUUCAACUCUAUCUUCGAUUACUGAAAGUUCUGCAACACUGAAAUUUAUCUUGAUGCUUGCACUAAUUCUAAGUAUUGUAUUUCUUUUGAUUGGAUACUUUUUAAAUUUAAGAUAUCUCUUGAUAACUGGAUGUAUAUUGUCACUCACAUCAGUUGGCUGUUUGGUUCAGCUGUGCUUUACAACACGUACUAGUCCAAAUAAAUUCAAUCCACAGUCUGUACCAUUCGCUUUGGCUGCUGAAGACCUUCCAAACACGACAAGUAAAACUAUAAUUUCACCAGUAUCAAUCAAAACACAGAAUAACUCUAACACAACUGUUAGUGCUAAUAAUGAAUUAAGUGAUGGCAAUAUUCCGAAUACUUCAUCUACUGUGCACCUGUCUGGAUCGACAAAUACCCCAGUAGUUAUCGGUAUAGAUCAUAUUCAAGCUAGACGUUUAAGUAUGGCACUACAGCAUUUGACAAGACAUUCAAUUCAACCUCAAUCGACAUCAUACAAUAAUCAUGGAACAUCAAGUAUGCUGAACAUGGCAAGACGUCUAACAAUGGCUAGUUCAGCUAUCGCUAUGGCUGGGAGUGAUCGUGAUUACUACGGUCAUUCAUCAUGGCUGACUGGGUCUAGAGUUCGACAUGGUGUACGACGUAGUCUGGCUUGGAAUGAAUCUGGUGCUACAAGAUUUUACGAACAGUGUUAUGAUUAG